GGUCCGCCUCCGCGGUGCUGCUCCGCCCCGUCCCGGCGUCUGCGGGACAGAACGGACGGGACGGGAGCGAGGGAGCAGCAGGAUGGGGCUGGAGCUGUACCUGGAUCUGCUCUCGCAGCCUUGCCGGGCGGUUUACCUCUUCGCCCGGUGCAACAACAUCCCGUUCGAGUUCAAACGGGUGGAGCUGAUGAAGGGGCAGCACAGGACCGAGGAGUUCAAGAAGGUGAACGUGCUGAUGAAAGUGCCUGCACUGAGGGAUGGUUCCUUCACCUUAGCAGAGAGCGUUGCCAUCCUCAUGUACCUGGCCCGGAAAUUCAAGACUCCCGAUCACUGGUAUCCCUCUGACCUGCAGAAACAGGCCAGAGUUGAUGAGUACCUGUCAUGGCAGCAAGCCCACAUUCGUGGGAAGGGGAGCAAGGUGUUCCUAAGUAAGGUGCUGAUACCUCUCCUUGCAGGCCAGCCACUGCCUCCAGAGAAAGUGGAAAGUGCUACUGAGGAGCUGAAUGUUGUCCUGAAUCAGUUUGAGGAGAAGUUCUUGCAGGGCAAGCCCUUCAUCGUGGGCAACGACAUCUCCUUGGCAGACCUCGUGGCCCUGGUGGAGCUCAUGCAGCCUGUUGCUUCUGGCUACGACCUCUUUGAGGAGAGGCCCCGCUUAGCGGAGUGGCGCAGGCGGGUGGAAGAAGCCGUGGGGAAGCAGCUCUUCCAGGAAGCACAUGAAGAGAUCCUGAAUGCCAAGAAUGUGACUGCUGAUAAAAUGGCACCUGAGCUGCGGGAGCACUUAAAGCAACAGCUCUUAAAGCAAGUCAAUUAGAACGAAGGGCGUCACACUCCAAUUAAAAUGAAUUAUUUUGCGUAAGCUUUUAGUAAUAUUUCAGUAUUUCCUCCAAUAAUAGUACAAAAAACUGCAUUCCAGAAAAUGCACUUCAGUUACAGUCUUUCUGCAACUUAGAAGGGAAGAAAAGUACAUUUUAGACUGCAGCCAGCCAGCCUUUGGCUGCUGCCCCUGCCCAGAGGGUAAGGGAGCACCUGGCCACUAGAGGCUGCUGUGUUACAGAUCAGAGCGAAGGGAGGGAAGGCGCAAGGAAGCUGUGCGAGUUCUCAAGUGAGGUCUGAGAAGGAUGGGGUGAAUCCCAUGAGCGAAGAUCCUCAACAAUAGCCUUAUGCCAUUAUCUACAUAGCUUAUGCACAGUUGAGAAAAGCUGGUUUUCUAGGUGAAACCACUGCCAACCACGUGGUAGCCUUCCUCAAGCCACAUCGGUGCUCCAUGCCUUCCCCAGAGGCAGCUCUAUGGAAGGCAUUUAAACCAGGUUCCCUGCUGCUGAAUGCUGCUGUGGCUGGGCCUGUACUGGGGGCGGAGGGGGCUUGGUGGCCAGCCCCAGGGCACGUGCAGUGCUUAGCAAGCAAGCUGACUAAUGCUGAAAUAAUGUUCAUGUCCCACUACUCUUCUGUCAUGACAUAUUCUCCAGUAAAGUUAAUCGUUACGCUUGCAAUGUGUCCUAGCUCUGUUUGGAUUUGUAAACAGAACUGGGAAAAGGGCAGCUGUGGAUUCCUUACACAGACUGGUAUGGUUCCCUUUCAUAACCUCUUCACUGCCUCCCCUUGCACGCCUUCCUGUCUUCUUCCUGUUUCUGCCCUUCCAUUUUCCACGUAAGAACUAUGAAUCGUCCCAAUUUGCAUAACUGUUUUUUCCUCCUUGUUUAGCACUGGUUUUAGCUGGAAGUCUGUGCUGUGGUUUGCUAGGUGGUUACACUGCCCACAGUGAUGGCUGUGUGGUGCAGUGGCUGUGAGGUGUCUGCCAUGUUAAUGCUAGUUAAGUGACAGCAGUGCUCAGAAAAGAUGAAAACAGCUACUCAAACAGUCUCGUAUCCUUUCAGCUGCACCUGUAGUUUUGCAGAAUAAGCCAUCUGUCUGUUCUGUAUUUGAGUUUCCUGAGUAAAUCUGCCCUCUAGAUCAAAAGGGCACCACGAACCAGAGCUUGCAGUGCGUGUCCCUCAGGUAUGAGCUAAGCCAGGCAGAUCAAUCCUCUUUCCGGUCUUCCAGCUUGCAGGAUAUCCUAAAUGUCAGUAGUGAAAAAAGCAAAGUUUGCCCAAAAACGCUUUCAUUUUCUGAGUUGACAGCAGAGAAUAAUUUGUUUUCUCUAAUUUUUAUUGUCUUCUUGCAUUCUGCUUGGCAAACUCAAUAACUUGCCCUGAGAGUAUCUGCAUUGUUGCCACCUGACCUGUAACUGCUGUAGGUGCCGCUCUGCUGUGGUUCAGCUUGCCUGUAGUUCUGAGCCUAAAGAAAAGAGGCUGUUAAUGCCAUGCUGCCAACCACUUCCUUUCUUCUACAACCUGCAGCUUACCACAUCCAGCUGGCUGAGCUUCACUCUGAAUAAAAUAGGUCCCUCCUUGCUA